UGGCCAGUCAGGAUGCCGAAUUGAUCAUUUCUGAACCAGCCUGAGUUUCUCGCUACGAGCCUACGAAGAGACAACUCGAAAGAUGGACAGAGGAACCACCGAGCAGGCAAAAUGAGAAGAGUCCGUGAGAGACCGGGCGAGAAGCCUGUGCCAGUGCAGUAUGUUCAGUCGGCAGGUACUGUAUCAGCGAGUAUCCAUCUGGGCGGAUUGUAUCAGGCAGUGUCAAUAACGACUCCACUGCUCAAGGUUGGUGUUCAAAGCAUACAAAGCAAGCAAGCAAACAGAUCCAAGCCAAUGGAUCACUGUGCAUCAAUCUAAGACGAGCCCCGAAGAGGGCCGCUGCUUGAAAGGGGGAAGGCGAGCUGAGCCACGCCGCUCUAACAUCCUCACCUUGAGCGAGG